GGGACGUUGGCCGGCCACGGCCCCUCUGGGGCCGCUGACAUCGACGCCUAGGGAGCCGCCGCCGGAGCUCCCCCGAAGGACUGAUUCAUCGGUGUCCUUAAGUAGUGAAAGUUCAGGAGAAGACUGGCUCAUAAAGGUUUGCUGUCCAGGAGCCCAGCAUCGAUACCGUAGACAUGCCCAAAUGAAAAAGCGAAUAUCAUCACAGCCUCCAAAGACUGGAUUGUCAGAGUCUGCAGAAUGGAUGCCUAUUACGUCUUACCAGACCUACCCAAGAGCGCCGAGGCAGGAGAGUUCAGACUUGCAGUGGCUCAUAAGACUUCGUUGUCCAAGGGCCCAGAUGGAGCCAAUGAUGCCAUCUCCAAAACAAUCUCUUCCAGCAGUGUCUACAUCUUUGAGUAGAUCACCAAGCAAGACUUGCAGAAAUAGCCAGUUUGAAAAGGCCAAAGAUUCACCGAAUUGGCUAACACAGAAGCAUUUUUCCAUCGCACAGGCCAUAGUUAAUGAAAGCCAGGAUGUUGUUGAUUCCACUCAAUCCCUGUUAGAAAGAGAAAACCGCUUUGUGAGGGAAGUAGACAGGUAUUUGAAGCACAAUGAUUUCUUAGCUCUAAGGAGGAGGGAAAUACUUUACAAGAAAUGGUUUGAGAAUGUUUCAAGACCUCUGCUACGGAAAAUACAGAACAAAGUUGACAACCAGUCAAGCGAAGAAAUAGAGGAAAGGAAGCGAAAACAGCUCUCCCUUUACUUAAACUACUGUAAUAAGAAGGGCGCUGCGUUUCUAGAAAGUUACAGCCCUUCAUGUUAUGACCCUUUCUUCCUGAAGACUUGUACAGAUGUUUGGAAGGCGUCAGUUCCACCUUUAUAUGAUCCCUUGUUAAUGGAAAUACAAGGAAGAUAUCUUGAGGCCGGCAUUAUCCAACAGUGUGACACAGGAAAAAUAUACUCCUCCAAAGAGUUGAAUGAACUCCAUAAGAUUGACUUGCCGCUACUUCCUUUGAGUCGGCAGCUUAUGAAUCCUGUUGAGUGGCUGAAGAUUCCAUCUGGGUAUAUGGAAAGUGAGAUUCGUCAAAAGAGCCGGCAAAAAAUGAGCACCACUAGAAACCUGAGUUCUAUGGAUUUCAAGAGCUGGGGAGACCCAUCCUGGCUUCUACUGAACAAGAGAUGCCCUUCUUCCAGGAAACCAGAUUUCGCCUGUUUGCCCAGUUUUUUGACAAAACAAAGACUAACUGGCUCAUCAGUUAGGAAAUCAGCAAUAAAAUCUGCUUCUUGAUA